GAAAUUCACAAGGUGAAUUUAUUAAUAAUUAUCGAGAUCCAAAGACUCCAUUUCGUGGCCGAGGUGUCAGACCUCAAGGCAAAAAAGCAAAUCAGAUUGACAAGCAAAUUGGCGCUACUUAGUCCGUUUAUCGAUGAAACAGGACUCCUCAGGGUGGGCGGUCGAAUUCGUAAUUCGUUAACCGCAUUCGACACAAAACAUCCGAUUAUACUACCAGCCGAGAGCACUUUUACAAAAUUAUUAUUCAAGCGAGAGCAUCGUAGGCUAUUACAUGCAGGACCGCAAACGUUGUUAUAUGCAAUUCGCGAAAAAUAUUGGCCUCUCCGAGGAAAGAAUCUAGCGAGGAAAAUUGUACAUGAGUGUAUGACUUGCUUCAGAAAUAAUCCGAAACCACUAUCACAAGUAAUGGGACAAUUACCAGCAGAUCGGGUAAUUCCUAGACGUCCAUUUUAUGUAACAGGAAUAGAUUUCGCCGGACCCAUUGUAACGUUAGUCAACCGAGGUCGUGGUCGAAAGACAAACAAGUCAUACAUCUCAUUAUUUAUUUGUUUCUCAACGAAGGCGAUACACCUUGAGGCAGUGAGCGAUCUUAGCUCGAAUGCGUUUAUAGCGGCACUUAGAAGAUUUGCGGGACGACGAGGUUGUCCACAGCGUAUAUAUUGUGAUAACGCGACUAAUUUUGUAGGAGCGCGAAAUGAGUUAAACGAGGUUCGACAAUUCAUUACCAAAGAGAAUGAUACAAUAAGCAACGAAUUCUGCAUUCCAAGCGGUAUUGAGUGGAAGUUCAUUCCACCCGCGUCACCUCAUAUGGGAGGUCUGUGGGAGGCAGGAGUGAAAUCUUGUAAAUUUCACCUAAAACGCAUCAUGGGUUCUGCACUUUUAACUUUCGAAGAAUUAGCUACCGUAUUAAUACAAAUUGAGGCUUGUUUAAAUUCAAGGCCUAUAUGUCAGCUACCGUCCACUCCCACAGACUUACAACCACUGACUCCGGGUCAUUUUCUUGUCGGUGAAUCAUUAACAGCCAUUCCGGAAGUAGAUCUAAACGACGUACCGAUAAACAGAUUAGAUCGUUGGCAAUUAUCUCAAAAAUUAUCGCAAGAUUUUUGGCGCCGUUGGAGUGCGGAAUAUUUAACUUCGCUGCAGGGCAAAACUAAAUGGAAAACAGAAAAACCGAAUAUCGCGAUUAAUGACAUUGUUCUGAUACAAGAGCCCAAUUUGCCACCGUUGAAAUGGAAAAUAGGAAGGGUAAUCGAAACCCAUAAAGGUAUCGACGACAAGGUUCGAGUUGUAACUCUGAAAACCGCAACCGGAUAUCUCAAGCGAGCAAUAAAUAGGCUGUGCAAACUACCGACAAGCGAUUCACUACCAUAA